AUGCCCAGCGAUCUUUUCGACCUCUGCAACAAGAAGAUUGCCAAAGAUAUCCUAUCAAAGAGCGGCGUCUUGGUAACCUUGAUUGAGGGUGUGAGCAGCAGCAAAGUCCAUGGCACCACGGGAUAUGUGCUCAAGCCGGCUGACCAGGGGGCAUCUGGGCAAGAAGUUCUUACUUUCAGCGGCACAACUGUUAUACAGCUCAUGCGCUGUCGUUGCAGCACCUGGUCCGAGAUCAUCUCAAACUUGUAUGAUCUUGGUGCUGCCUUCCACAUUGUUGUUGAGGCUUCCACCUAUACACCAUCGUCAUAUCAGCCGAGCUAUUUCCAUUGUCGCGGUCUCGGAGUUCGCGCUGCAGGUUACAUCCCGGAUCAGCAUGAUCUUGACACCUACUGGGAUCUCCUCAAGCGGUUCCUUCUCUCUCCUCAGGGAUCACUGGUGCUUCAAGCUGGAGGUGUAGUUGCUCACCUUGCUCGCCUGAUCAUCAACAACUUGCAGUCGGAGCUGAGAUCAGAUGAUGUCAACAUCAAGCUAGCUGAGCAGCAGCUACAGAUCAACAACACCUCCUUCUAUUUUCAUGCCUUGACGGAGGAGGAAGAAGACCUUGUUCUUGGUGUCUACAGCAUUGAGAUAAACCAGCUAAAUCCCCGGACCGGCAAAACCAGCGGACAUCAAGAACAACGGCUCUCAUGGUGGCCGCAGGGGGGUGCGUUUUUCACAUCGGGAAUGAGUGUUGGUUAG